AUGGAGUCAACUCCAAACAUAGAGCCACCGGGGCUGCUCUGGGUCCCCGGGGAGCACCUCCAGGAGGAAGAGCUGGUACCCUGCCACCACCUGGCUCUGGGGUCGGUGCGGUUCUGGCGCUUGCUGCCCUUCUGUCUGCCGAUAACUGGAAUUAGUGAGCGGUGGUCCAUCCUCCAGCACGGAAUGCAUGGUACUGCCUGGGGGGCCAGGCGGCUGCUGGUUCCCGGGAGACUGAGCGAGGCCCUGCCUGUGGGUGAAGUCAGACACCUAACCGACGGAGCCCCCAGGCGCCCCUCUAGGGAAGUUUUAAGGAGGAGAGUCCCCAGUUUCCUAAACCAUGCGGGUAUUUGCUGCUCAGAUUCCUCUAAUAAGGAGGAUGCCAUUGAGGACGACGAGGAGGAGGACGACGAGGAGGAGGAGGACGACCUGGAAGUGAAGGAGGAAGACGGAGUCCUGAUCCUGAAUGACGCCAACUUUGAUAACUUUGUGGCCGACAAAGACACGGUGCUGCUGGAGUUCUAUGCCCCCUGGUGCGGACAUUGCAAGCAGUUUGCUCCAGAAUAUGAAAAAAUCGCCAGCACCUUGAAGGAGAACGACCCUCCCAUUCCCGUGGCCAAGAUUGACGCGACCUCGGAGUCGGCGCUGGCCAGCAGGUUUGGCGUGAGCGGCUACCCCACCAUCAAGGUCCUGAAGAAGGGGCAGGCUGUGGACUACGAGGGCUCCAGGACCCAGGAAGAAAUUGUUGCCAAGGUCAAAGAGAUCGCCCAGCCUGACUGGACACCCCCGCCGGAAGUCACGCUUGUGCUGACCAAGGAUAACUUCGACGAAGUGGUGAAUGAUGCUGACAUCAUCCUGGUGGAGUUCUACGCCCCCUGGUGUGGACACUGCAAGAAACUGGCCCCCGAGUACGAGAAGGCGGCCAAGGAGCUGAGCCAGCGCUCCCCGCCCAUCCCCCUGGCCAAGGUCGACGCCACUGCCGAAACAGACCUGGCCAAGAGGUUCGACGUCUCCAGCUAUCCCACCCUGAAGAUCUUCCGCAAGGGAAAGCCUUUUGAUUACAACGGCCCACGGGAAAAAUACGGCAUCGUGGACUACAUGAUCGAGCAGUCCGGGCCACCGUCCAAGGAGGUCAUGGUGCUGAAGCAGGUCCAGGAGUUCCUCAAGGACGGGGACGAUGUCAUCAUCAUCGGGGUCUUCGCCGCCGAGAGUGACCCAGCCUACCAGCAGUACCAGGAAGCUGCAAACAACCUGAGAGAAGAUUACAAGUUCUAUCACACGUUCAGCACUGAGAUAGCAAAGUUCUUAAAAGUCUCCUCUGGGAAGCUGGUCGUGAUGCAGCCUGAGAAGUUCCAAUCCAAGUACGAGCCCAGGAGCCACGUGCUGGACAUCCAGAGCUCCACGGAGGGGUCGGCCAUCAAGGACCACGUGUUGAAGCACACUCUGCCCCUGGUGGGUCAUCGCAAGACCUCCAAUGACGCCAAGCGGUACACGCGGCGCCCCCUGGUGGUCGUCUACUACAGCGUGGACUUCAGCUUCGAUUACAGGGCUGCCACUCAGUUUUGGCGGAACAAGGUCCUGGAGGUGGCCAAGGACUUCCCCGAGUACACCUUUGCUGUGGCUGACGAGGAUGACUUUGCCACGGAGGUGAAGGACCUGGGUCUCAGUGAGAGCGGCGAGGAUGUCAACGCGGCCAUCCUGGACGAGGGUGGGCGGAAGUUCGCCAUGGAGCCCGACGACUUUGACUCAGACGCCCUCCGUGAGUUCGUCAGAGCUUUCAAAAAAGGAAAACUGAAGCCGGUUGUCAAGUCCCAGCCAGUGCCCAAGAACAACAAGGGGCCGGUCAAGGUCGUGGUGGGGAAGACGUUCGACUCCAUUGUGAUGGACCCCAAGAAGGACGUCCUCAUCGAGUUCUAUGCGCCCUGGUGCGGGCACUGCAAGCAGCUGGAGCCCGAGUACACCGCCCUCGGCAAGAAGUACAAGGGCCACAAGGGUCUGGUCAUCGCCAAGAUGGACGCCACCGCCAACGACAUCCCCAGCGACCGCUACAAAGUCGAGGGGUUCCCGACCAUCUACUUUGCCCCCAGUGGGGACAAAAAGAACCCAGUUAAGUUUGAGGACGGAAACCGAGAUCUGGAACAUUUGAGCAAGUUUGUGGAAGAACAUGCCACGAAACUGAGCAGGACCAGGGAGGAGCUGUGAAGGCCUCAGUGCGGCCUGCAGCGGGAGGGACCGGACACUGCCGCCACCAGCGGCCAGUGGCCGGAGCCCCUGCAGCCGUGUGGCGGCGGCUUAGCGCAAGGGCAGGAUCUUUUUGGUUUUUAAUUUUUUUAUACUCUGGUGUUCCACCUCAUGCUCUGAAUACUGAAUAGAUAUGAAUGACUCAGUAGAUUAGCCCAGAUUUUUACAGAGGAUACGUCUAUUUUUACCAUUAUUUGGGGUUUGAUUUUUUUUUUAACCUUCUAUUUUCUUUAAUAUAUUUCUUCAAAGCAGUUACGUUGACUCUCCUACGUGUGAAUGCUUUUUUCUUUUAAUUUAAAAAUGUAAGAAAACACUUGCCAAAUCAUGUUGAUUUUUUUUUUUUUUUAAUUUUACCGUUGUCUGAGGAAUUACUAGUUGAAGAUCUGACGGUCCAUGUGCUUUCGUUUUUAUUUCUUCCCGUACGGCACUGAGAAUUGUCACGGACCCCCCCCUCCCCCCGAUGACGAUGACAGUCAGCCAUUCCGGUGACAGCCGCCCCCGUCUCUGUGCGGGACUGGGACUGUGGGGCAAGGAGCGUCUUCCGGGUCCCCCAGACCCUUGGAGCCAGCUUCCAGAGCUCAGCCUUGGGGGUGGGGGGGACGGAGUCCACCCGCCGCCUGAUUAAGCCGGCCCCACCUCUCAGGCACCAGUACUGCCGGAGGAGAGGUGACCUAGGGCACGGGUGAUGGAAAAAUUAGGAUAGGCUGUUGUGAUGGAAUAAAACAAUUCCUGAAAAUCAC